GGUAUGAACGUGAAUUUAGGAGAUGCAGUGCAGUUUCUUCGAGAAUAUGACAGUGAGGCUUCUGCGAUGUGCACGAGGGUAAUGACAGCGCAAUGGAAUUUUGCGACAAACGUCACCGAAGAGAAUCGUCGAAGAAUGAUAGAAGAACAGACUUUGAAGUUAAAAUUUGAUCGAAUUUCGUGGCGGAAGGCAGUCAGUUUCGCUUGGAGUCGAAUAGGGGACCCCUUUGCUAAAAGGGAGCUCAAAAUGAUCGCUAUAAGAGGGCGAAAUUCUCUGACUGAUGACAAAUUUAACGAGUUACACAGUCUGGUCCUCGAAAUGAAAGAAAUAUACGCGAGGACAAGAGUGUGUCCUUACAGAACAGUAGGAGCAAAUUGUGACCUAAGUUUAGACCACGACGUGAGCAAAGUAAUGGCAAAAUCGAAGGACUAUGACGAAUUGUUAUAUUACUGGCACGCUUGGCACGAAGCCACUGGUCCUCAACUAAAGAACAAAUACAUGAGAUAUAUCCAGCUAGCAAAUCAAGCUGCCAGGUUAAACGGGUUCGAGGAUGCUGGUGAUCAAAUGAGAGAAUUCUUCGAGGACGAGUAUUUCCCACAAAACACAGCAGACGUAAUGUCAGCAGUGAUGCAUCUGUACAAAAAUCUCUUCACCUAUGUAAGAACAAAAUUAUUCGAAAGAUACGGCGACAGAAUUAGAAGGGAUGGACCACUUCCGGCGCAUGUUCUGGGGAACAUGUGGGCGCAGAAUUGGGAAGACUUGUACGACGUGGUGCAGCCUUUUCCGGCAAGCAAGAAGCUCGAUGUGACAUUGGACAUGAUGAUUCAGAGUUUCACACCUUUGAGGAUGUUCCAAAUAGCAGAGGAAUUCUUUACUUCCCUUGGAAUGAAGCCAAUGCCACCCGAAUUCUGGAGAUUCUCGAUGUUCGAGAAACCUAUCGACAGAGAAGUGAAGUGUACUCCCAGUGCUUGGGAUUUUUGCAACAGGAUUGAUUACAGGAUAAAGCAAUGUACGAGAGUCACGAUGGAGGAUUUAUUAUCGACACAUCACGAGAUCGCUCGAUUGCAAUAUUAUUUACAAUACAGGGAUCAACCGUUAUUAUUUAGAAAUGAGGCAAUUCCAGGAUUCUUCGAAGCAGUUAGCGAUGCCAUUGAAUUAUCCGUGUUCACUCCUCAGCAUUUAAGUAAAAUUGGAUUGCAUAACAACUCGACGGAUGAUUAUGGAAGCGACAUAAAUUUCUUGAUGCUAAUGGCACUCCGUAAAGUUGCCUACAUGCCAUUUGCAUACAUGGUUGACGAGUGGAGAUGGCGUGUUUUCAACGAGGGUGUCACGGACAUGACGAACAAAUGGUGGGAGUUAAGGCUACAGUACCAAGGAAUCGUGCCUCCUGUGCCACGAUCUGAAAGAGAUUUUGAUCCUGGCUCAAAAUAUCAUGUACCAGCCGAUGCUGUUUAUGCCAAGUAUUUCGUUGGCGUUGUCUUGCAAUUUCAAUUAUUUGAAUCUUUGUGUGAAAUAGCAGGUCACACUGGUGAUCUACAUACUUGCGAUUUUUAUAGAUCACGGGAGGCUGGAAGAUUACUAUCCGACGUAUUGUCAAUUGGUUCAUCCAGACCAUGGAAAGAUGUUGUACGUCAAAUGACAAGAGGUAGGACAAACAGAAUGGAUGCUGGUGCUAUACUAAGAUAUUUCGAGCCAUUAAAUCAAUGGCUGAAACGGCAGAACGAAAUGGAACCGGUUGUCGGUUGGAUCACGAAUCGUGAUGACACAGAAAGACAUCCACAUUACAGAAACUUAUCGUGCAAUUAUGUCCCGUUUGUUAAUCGCAUUGAAACAUACCAAAUACCGCUUAAAUAUAAAGUCGGUAGAGAUACCUUUGUGGCUCGAUAUUCUAACAAAAACGCUACUAAGGAUAGUACCCCGAAAAUAGAGUCGAAGAAAAAAGUAACAUUAUUUCAGAAAAUGAAACAAAUGACCAAGGAUUACUGGCACAUUUUAAUGCCAAUUCAUUUAAUGACAUCUGUAUGUUGGAUAACCAUAUUUUAUAUAACAAUGAAAAGUGGUGUUGACAUUGCAAAUAUCUUGGAAUAUAUGCAUUGCAAUCAGAAAUAUAUAGAGACGCUAAAAAGUAGCAAUGCUGGAAGCUGGGCUUUAGCCUAUCUGCUUUAUAAAAUACUUACACCUCUCAGAUAUACAGUCACUAUAGGGUUUACAACAAUGGUUAUUAAAAGACUUCGAAAAUAUGGAAUGAUGAAACCUUUGUUGUAUCAUAAAAAUUCGCAAAUGGCAUACAAGGUACCAGAAGCAAAUAAAGCGACAACACAAAAGCAGGGAUUGAAAGUAGAACGUCCAACAGAACCUCCUAAAACAUAGUAAAGAUAUAGGCAAAAGUAAAAUUUAUCAAUUGCAUAAAAGGUUUCUUGAUUUGUUUAUAAUCUCUGACUUCAAACAAAAGACCGAGCUGAUGUAUAUUGUUUUUUGUAAAUGAGUAAACAUUAUAAUACUAUGAUAAAAAAAAAAAAA